AUGGCAACGUCGUUGGCAGCACAACUUAAAAAAUUGAGAACUCCGCAGACGAAUUUACUGCUGCAGGAUAAAAAACGUGCUAGCUUACUGUUUGAUCCAAAGGAGGCUGCGAAUUUGGACAGAGACACUGUCCUAAGUAUAGGGCAGAGUGGUUUGCAAGAACUACAAAAACUUUCAAGAGUAUUUGAUGAAUUUUAUAACACAUUAUUUGCCCAAAGUUCUGUACAUUUUGAAAGAGCUGUGCAAGAUGCGACAGUAAAUAAACAACUAGAUGCAAACAUCGCAAAAUUUUUAUUAUUUGCAACUCCGUAUUUUUUACUGAAUGCUUGUCAUAAAGCAUUGGAGUGGCUUGUAUUUAGGUAUCACAUUCAUCAGUAUAAUCGGGAACAGUUUAUUCUUCUUAUCUUGCCAUAUCAUGAGACUCGUAUAUUCGUUAGAGCUCUGCAACUGGUAGAUUUGUCAGACGAGAGCGAUAAAUGGCAUUGGUUAACACCUGUACAGAAAAGCGGUUUGACGUUGCCUUCUGGAAUUCUCGUUAAGCGUUUGACUUCGGACAAAGGAUUUUUGAAGACAUUAUGUACUCAUGUGACAUCUGCCACGAAGACUUACUCAGAUCAAGCAUCAUGCCUAACCACCUUGUAUGCUUUUUACACUACUGCGAUAUUAGGCAUGAUCGAAUUUAUGUCUGUCACCGAGGUUCAAGUGAAUUACCUAUUGCCAACUCUUCUUCAUGGAUUAAAAAGUCCCAUUCUCGAUUUUGCCGCCAGCAGCUAUAUGAUUAUUGCGAAAUUGAUGACGAAGGUAAAAUUGAAUGAAGACACCAUAGAAAAAUUGUUGCUCAAGACGUUCAAAAUGCCGCACUUGAAACAGGAAGCUGUCACUUUUCUACUCUACCUCUAUCAAUCUCCGGUUAAUCGGCUCACUGUCGUACCGCAAAGUUUGGUCCAUCAACUUUCUGAAUUAUCUUGGUUUGUUGAAACAGUUGCCAAGAUUCAUUCGAAGACAGACACUAACGCGUCACGAUUUCUCGUGUCUUUUUUUCAAGCAGCUUGUCAAGUUGUCGCCAGGGAUCCCCAAAGCACUAAUGAUGUUCAGAAUAUGAUCAACAAUAUUCUGGAUCAUAUUAGACUUGAUAGCGAGGCGGUAGACGCCAUUCUAUCUAAUGUAUUAACAUGUGAAUUUUUCAAGAAUGAAAACGCGAGAGACUUUCUAGCAGAGUUCUAUAAGCGUUUUGAGUGCAGCUACCCAGACAAUUUUGAUAGGUAUCUGAAAAAAUUGAUGAAGCAAGGUGAGAAUGACGAAAGUUCUAAACAAGCGUUACAUUUUCUUACUUCUUGGCCCUUUGGCACCGAGGGCACGCAGGGAUUUGUCGAGAUUCUAAAUAAGCUAACUCAUAUCAGCGCCGCGCAACGAGUGACCGCUCUUGAAAUUCUUGCCAAGAACAACGUAAAUAUAUCCGAGAGCUUUCAUGGUAUAAUAACGAGUACUCUUCAAGAGAGAUUCUAUGAUAGUGACGUGAAUGUUGUGAAGACACUGCUGUCUUUCCCUACAAAGAAAUUGAUCAGUUUAUUACCCUCGGAUACUGUGGUGGAAGAGUUAUUGGUUUUGUUAAUAACUUGUCACACAGCAUCGAGGAAAGCCUUAGCUAAGCCAGCUCUAAAAAUGCUCUUAGAUCUAUGUGAAGAGAGUGACAAUACUAAUGUCUUCAUCACGGCUUUACCAUACUUAUUUCCAGCCACAGACGAGGACGUGGCAGUUGCUUUGGAGGUACUUCGAUCGAAUUUUGCUAAGAAUAAUAUAUAUAUGCAGCAAGUGAUUAAUGACAUUGACAAAUCCAAACUGAACGCUGAAGCAGUAUCUUCUGCCGCUUUUCAUAAUAUCUUAAAAUAUGAGCUAUUACCGCCCACAGAGAGUAUAUUGAAUUCCAUGCGGCAACAAAUGCCGCAUGGUGAUGCGGCAUCUCUGUUUUUCAAUAUGAUUCUACUGGGAUCGGUAUGCAGGGUACCCGUGGGUUCGAUGCCAGCCAAAACCGCGCGUGAUGUUAUUGAAAUAGCCACAAAAAUGAUUAAGACAUAUGCACACGUUAAAGUACUGCGCGAUUGCAACAACAUCAACGGUAAUAACAUUCAAAUGGCUUUGAAACUCACGUCCGAAGGAAUCUUGCCCCUUCAGGUGGGCACUUACGUCCUUGAAAUGGUACACAGGCGACUGAACAUCAAGUCCGAGUCGAAACUCGACUUCGACAAUAAUGCAGAGCGAAGUAAUCUCAUUUUGCGACUUCUGGAGAUGUAUAUUGAAGGCAUGAACAACCGACACUGGCGGAAACAUUACGCUAGAUGUCUACAAAUCUUUUUCCAACUAUAUUUUUCCACAGUGGAGAACCUCAUUUGUUUCCUUGCACAAUUCUACGCGGAACCUGUCAAGACGCAGUUGUCCUAUCAUUGUUUACAGAUUUCCUUGCAAUUGCUAAAUAAGUGUAAAUCUUUUCAAUGGGCGUUCCAAGAUCAAGAAUUUAUAACUAAUGUGCUACUUUCAUUGACGAGACGUAACAAUGAAUGCAGGAGAGUGGCGAUGGAUAUUGUAAAGAAACUGACGCAGACUUUCAGCCUCAAUGCGGAACCGUUUUUCGUGUUGCUGCAGAAACUAGCGACAAAGUGCGCGGAGAUCUGCCAAGAUCCUGACGAUCUUGCAGUUAACCUGUACUUCUUUCUCUCUCCAGAUCCACAUGUCUCUCAUCAAAUGAAAGAACAUAAAAAGUUGCAACAGGCUCAGAAACUGUUGUUCGACAUGGUGAUGCAGCAGAACGAGGCAUUAAAGAUUUCUCUAAAUCGAAGAUCACAGCUUCUUGAUAUUCUAGUGAACGUCAAUAGCUCCGAGAUUCUUCAACAAUUGGCUCCAAUGGGCCUUCAGCUUCUGCAAAAGUUGGAGGAUGAUCCAAAAAAUCAGUCAGCCGGUUCCGCCUUACGAAAUAUAUUGGAACGUUUUACCAUAAACACAGUUGAUGCUCUAAAGGAUGAGCAAGUAUGGCUGUUGUUUACAAAGUGCAUUCUGAUGCACGAAUCCUGCGCGGUUUUAGAUUGCGGCGACCGAACGUCGCCAAGCAUUAUAGUGUUAAAACGGAUCAAUGUGCUCUUUGAUGAGAUGUCUCGCGAUCUCCAGAUGAGCAUUCUAUCCAAAAUGUUGGACGUGAUGAUUGACUGUGAGAUUAAUGACGUCGUCUCCGUCGCGGGCAAGACUAUUCAUCAGCUACGCAUGGAUGCAACACUCCUAAUCUCGGAAUUGGAGGCCAUGAAGCGGAGCGGACAAAUUCAAGAAGAGUCAGUGGAGAACUCGGAUGUGACGUCGAGCGCGAAAAAGAGAAAGAAGCGACAGAGCCAAAUUCACCUAGCGCAUCCAGCGAUGAUCCACAGUCGAGCCUGGAGACGUGGUGUCGUUCUGUUGGAGUUUGCCGAGCGCGCUGAUAACAUUCAAUGUGAGCAUUUGCUGUACAGCGUAUUAUUCGAUCUGCUGAAUGUUUGUCUGAGCCUAGAGGAACAGAGUCCAGUCGAGUACACGAACCAGCUGCUUCUCUCGACGAUUUUUCGAAUGAUGAAUAAGAAGGUGCCAAUGCGCGACGCUAAUUUGCAGAUCACGCUAAUCGUCAAGUGCAUUAGAACGUCGCGCAAUCCACAGACGCAUCAUCAUGCGUUGUUGGUGUUAGUCGAAUUCUUAAGGAAUGUGGACAUGCAUCACGCUCUUUUUAAUCUCAUGCCGAUUUUCACGUUUAUGGGCAACACGAUGGUGCGGCAGGAUGACGCUUACUCCAUACAGAUUAUCUCCAAGACCCUGGAAACGGUGGUGCCGAUUAUAAACGCGGCUGACGAUGCAACACAUGCCUGCGAGUUACUAAGAACAUUUAUUGUCUCGCUGCCUCACAUUCCCGAGCACAGACGAAUGCCGCUCUUUGUAAAACUGCUACAACUCCUCGACAACCAUCUCCAUUUGUUUUAUUUGUUGACUUUUGAGAGUCACGUAAUGAAGAGUGCAACCCGGACCGAACAUCCCACGCAAUGGUUGGAUUUUGCUAUUCAGGUGUCUCAACAAUUUUCGCCACAUAGAUUACUUCAGAUUUGCACGAAGGUAAUAGAGUUUGUCAAGAUAUUACCGAUGGACAUCGAUGACGAACAGGGCAGAAGGGAAGCAAUGAAAUUCCAGUACAAGAAUAUUUAUGAUGUGACCAAAUCUACGCCGAAAAAUCUUCGGCACUACAAGAUAACAGCUGUGCAGUUUCUCAGUAACCUCCUGUCGCAUGAGGACUUUAUCAAUCGUGUGGCCGUGUUAAGCCAGAAUGAGGCAAACAAUAUGAACAAGUACUGCGAUCGCCUGGCGAUCGAGCUGAUUCUGUUGAUUGAGACUAUUUCGAAAACUGCUGAUCAACAUCAGAACAAACCGAGCGCCAAGUACUGGAAAGUGUUGCUACAUCAUUUGUAUGAUGUGUUGGAUUUGGUGAACAAUUUAUUGCCGAAUUCUCUGUUCCUGCAGAGCGUCAAAAACCUAUUAAAGCAUGAAUUGCUGUCGGUGAAGAAGAAAGCUUUGGAAUUACUAAAUGCAAGAUUGCUUCAAAAGAAAUUUAACGAGGAAAUUCAUGUAGAUCUUUUAAGUUUGAUCAAGCCAUUGGCAGACUUCUUCGAUGUCGAUGUAAAGGUUGAAAACCAGGAACAAGAAAUAAUCCAACAGACAGUGUUAAUAUCUUUGAAGCUGUUGGGAAAAUUACUAGCUGUUGAUCAUCCAGCUGUUUUUAGACCGAUUUUGGACAUAACGACCCAAUUGUUGCACUCUAAAAAUGGUCCAGUAUUAGCCAAUGCAGCGUUGUGUGUAGCAGAAUUAUGCAGUUCAAUGCGAACGCAUGCUCUAUACUCGUUGAAUAAGUUUGUGCCAGCAAUUUUAAAGUUGUUAGAAACCCAUUGCCAUCAGAAUGUACCGGAUGUAAUAGUCAUUAGCAUCGUAAGUGCUUUACAGAAGAUAGUUGAGUCUCUGGGAAAUUUCCUGUCGCUCUACUUGGAUCAACUCUUGUCUGAAUUGACAAUACUGAGUUCUGAAUAUACUAACACGGAGCAUCCUAAGGCCGUUAUCGUCCUUUCGCGUUUGAAGGCAACGACGCAGAAAUUAUCCAGUUGCAUAUCUCUACGAGUGUUGCUACCAGCUAUCAAUGGAACUUAUCAGAUGUUAUUAAGAAAGAAGUCUUACAAAUGUAUACCAUCAUUGAUGAAUGUGCUAGCCGAAUCUUUCAACAGCGAGCGUCCAGCAGAACUGAAGCUUGAUGUCGACAAUCUUGGCGACUUUUUCCUCGAGGUUCUUCAAUUCCGCGAAAGAAGCGAAGAUAAUAUAAAAACGGAUGAAGACGCGCAAAUUACAUUAAAAGAUAUCAUUGCGAUCGAGGACAGCGUUAGUAAAGCACUAGAGGCAUUGCUCUUAAAGUUGAGCGAAGUAACAUUUAGACCGUUAUAUGAUAAGCUCUAUGGAUGGGCAACGAACGAUACACAGUACAAGCAGCGAAAUAUAACAUUCUAUAGAUUAUCGGCGAAUAUAGCAGAAUGUCUGAAGUCUCUCUUUGUUUUAUUCGCCGGACUCUUUUUGAAGCAUGCGGCGUCGUUGUUGAGCAACAACAACAUGUUCAUAACCGAUACUCCACAAGAAUUGACACUUCUCGACGAAUCGAACAGAAUUGAGCUGGUGGAGGCGAUUUUAUUGACGCUUCAUCGAGUAUUCGGUUAUGAUGUACACAACUUUGUUAGUCAGAAUCAAUUUGAAGUUCUUAUGCAACCAAUAGUGGACCAGGUGGAAAAUACAAUGGGCACGAAGGAAGAAUACGAAAGUCGAGCUAACCGACUUAUUGUGCCUUGCAUAGCUUCCUUUGCUAGCGCCAUUGCAGAUGAUUCAUUACACAAACAACUAGUCUAUCAAACGUUGUUGAAAACGAGACACGCAAAGCCUUAUGUUAGGAGCACUGCUUUAAAUGCAUUGGUUGAAAUCGCGAGGAAACUUGGUGAAGAUUUUAUGCCAUUAUUGCCAGAAACUGUGCCAUUCCUGGCAGAAAUGUUGGAAGAUGAAGACGAAGCUACAGAGAAAAGUGCGCAGAAUGCUGUUCGCACACUAGAAGAGAUUUUAGGAGAGCCUUUACAAAAAUAUUUUUAAACCUUUCCAAAUGUGUAAAGUUGUAAAUAUGUAAAUAAUUAGGUUUUAUAAUAAAAUUACAGUAAAACGCGUUUCUAUACAUAUGUAAUGUGUGAUUAAAAAAGAGUACAUUUUCGAUGAAAUUUAAGUAUUUAAAUUUUUUUUUGUAAAACUGUUGUGAUACUGUACAAAACACACACACAGACACACCACAUCUUGUUUUAACAACUUAUUUUGCUCUGAACGUAGCUACUUCGAGUAAUAUUUUAAAAAAUAAAUUUUUGCAAAUGCAGUACACAUAAUAUUUAAAGAUGUACAUACCUAUUUACUGUUAACAUAAAAUAGCAAUUAAUCGGAUACAACUUCGCAGUAAACGUGCGAAAAAAAGCAAGAUUUUUACUGUAUUCUUUAUGCAAUUAUAGCGUCAUCCGGCUUCAAAUUUUACUUUUUUAAAUUAAUACAAAUGAACUUCGGAAGCAACAUUCAAGCAAUCACUUUCUGUACUAUAUUCUAUGGCAAAAUGCGUGCAUACAAAUGCUGUGAAAAAACGCGCUCUCUUCGUUUCUUCAAGCAAAUAUAAUUUUUUAUUACGUGGUA